UGUGUAAAUUCUAGCUAAGCUAACAUAAAUCCAAGGCAUCGAUGGAUCGAACUACAGACCUGCCGAAAACAAGCGACCGGAUGUUAUGGCGUGACGUCAUUAAGCAGCGACUCGUGAGAUGUCAAACGUUACAUCCAGGAUACUGUUUUGCAGGGGAUGGACUUCACAGAGUGUUAUGGAGACACAGUGUCCAGUGUUGCUGCUGCAGCUCGCUUAGGGUGUAGGAAGCGGGUGAGGAGGCUGAUAAAGAGAGGUUUCAGUGUGGACUGCAGAGACAACCGAGGUUGGAAUGCUCUACACGAGGCGGCAGCUGCUGGCAGCAAGGAGUGUGUGCAGGACAUUCUGUCUGCUGGGGGUGGCUCGUCUCAUGGCACCAGUGCCUAUGUGAACUCUUUGACCCAUGAGGGGGAAUCUGCAUGUUACCUGGCAGCACAGCGUGGACACCUGGCAGUGGUCCGACUCCUCCUGAAAGCACACUCCAACAUCAACCAGCUCACAAACGACCUGUCCUGUCCUUUGUAUGCAGCUGUAGAUUGCGGGCACACAGAGGUUGUAGAGCUGCUGGUCAGCAGAGGUGCAGAGGUGAACAGAACACACACGGCGUCCUGCUGGACCUGCCUUCAUCAGGCUGUUUAUAAGGGUCACAGUGAUAUUGUGCGCGUUCUGGUCAAUAUGAGCAACCUGGAGGCCCUGGAUGACCACAAGAUCUCCCCUCUCUUUGUUUCGGCGCAGUAUGGACGGCAGGAAUGUCUGGAAAUCCUUGUUAAUGCCGGUGCCAAUGUGAACACCCAGGCAGCUGACCUGGCCACGCCACUGAUGAUUGCCUCUCAGGAGGGCCACCAGGGGUGUGUGGAUUUCCUGUUGGACCACGGGGCCGAUCCCAACAUAGUCUGCAGUCGAGAAUGGCCCCAGCUUCCCAUUCAUGCCGCCACUGAGUUUGGACACAUUGGCAUCCUCAAGAGCCUGAUAGCUGCCACAGAUCGAGUGUGUGACCGAGGUGAAGGCAUGGUGAGUCCACUGUACGUAGCCCUCCAAUACGAUCAGAGCGAGAGUCUAGAGAUGCUCUUGAGAGAAGGUUACAGCCCAGAUGCCCAGGACUGCACUGACAUCCUGGACAUCCGCUCACCACUCUCCAUGACCUUGUGUCGCACGUCCAACGAACCAAAGAGUGAAUUAGUGGGAUUGCUGAUAGCUGCAGGAGUAAGUUGGAGUGAGGAGGACUGGAUUUAUGCCUUGGCCACGGACAAAACAGACCUGCUGCAACUGAUCCUCAAGCACAGAUGGAUCCCUCGGCAGGAUACUUCGCCCAGGAGCUGCUCUGUACCGCUUCAUCCUGGGAAAACUGUGUUAAAGCUGCCGGAAGUGAGGGACCUGCUCUGUGUGGCACUAAACCAAGUACACUUUGCUGCCUGCUGGCUUCCUUUGCUACUGAAGGCAGGACUGGAACCUUCUUUGCUGCUUCAGCCCAACAUGUUGGAGGAGGCAGACAGUGCCGUGUUGAAUUACCUGCUAGAGUUUGUGAACUGGUCCACUCUAUCUUCCCUUUUAAAACAUAUUCUGGUUCGAAGGCGAGCAGAGAAGACCUGGGAACCAUGUCCUCAUUUUGACUCCGUUCCCUGCCUGUCCCACAUGUGUCGACUGCAGGUCAGGUUAAUGCUGGGACCAGACUUACUGAUGGGAAUGGAUGUAGUGCAGCGGCUCCCUGUGCCAACCCCACUUAAUGACUUCCUCCAAUUCAGAGACAUCUCUGAACCUUCCUACACACACUCACCGCAAUCAUCUCCACUUUCAGAUUUUAUAUAUGAACACAGGAUUUCACACCAACACAGACAUGUUCUGUAACCCCAUCCUGUCUCACCCAGUAUGUUGCUUCAAGUUGACUGAAACCAUCUUUUUUUUAUAUACUGCUUGACAGUUUCAUAUCUGCAUACUCUGAAGCUUGUUACAUCUCAUUGUGGGAAACCCACAAUGUAUGUUUUUACAAGACAAGCACUUAAAGAUGACUUUUCAAUCAUAGCAUAUGCUAUUAUAGUUUGUUUUUUUUAUUCAGUCAUGAAGCUUGUUUCUACCAAUGUCAUGAAUAUAUGUAUAUCCUGUGUGUAUGCUGUAUAAAAUAUGAGACACUUUCCUGUCAGGUGGUCACCAACCAUUUUCAAUGGCACAAAUAAAAUAAAUGUAUUCACAAUA